CUUAAGCCCCACAUCGAAGAACACUCCUCGACAAUUCAGACGUUUGCAAUUGCAGUUGAGAGAGGGGUACGGUUCAUUGUGUACGACUAUUAGCAGCGUCACUGUCUUUCUCUACGUCUAAUUCAAUUCGAGUUCGUGUUUGACAUCAUCGAGCCUGUAUUUAUAUCAUGAAUUGCCCAUCACGGGAAACGUCCGAAGGUCGGCUCGACUACUUCCAAGGUCCUCCUCACCUCCCCUCGGACACAAUCUCCAUCGCCUCCCUCAACGACGACGGAGGACCUCGGCCUAGGGGGAGUACAGAUGCACGAAACAUGGAUCCAGAUAAAGCGAAUAAUCAUACUGCACCGCGGGAGCGGGAGCGUUGGGCUACGUUUACGUCUGAAGCUGGUGCUGAGAAUGUGAACGUGAACCCCGACAUUCUGUCACCGAGGACGUCGAUUGCGGAAAGUGCGGCGCCAAUGAUGGGGAAUAAAUCGAAACUCAAGGAUUAUGGGGGGAGGUUCAUGCGUGCGGUUGGUCCGGGUGUGAUGCUCUCCGUCGCAUACAUGGAUCCCGGAAACUACUCCACCGAUGUCGCAGCCGGUGCCGAAUUCCGAUUCAAACUCCUCUUCGUCAUCAUGCUUUCCAACGUUUUCGCUGUUGUUUUGCAGUCGCUCGCGGCAAAAUUGGGAAGUGUGACGGGGAUGGAUUUGGCGAGGUGUUGUCGGGCGUAUUUUCCGGUGUGGGUUUGUUGGGGGUUGUAUGUUUUGAGUGAAGCGGCGAUUAUUGCGACGGAUUUGGCGGAGGUUGUGGGUACUGCCAUUGCGCUUAAUAUUCUGUUGAAGAUUCCGUUGAUUGUGGGUACGCUGCUAACUGUCUGCGACGUCCUCGUGGUGCUCUUCUUCUACCAACCAGAGGGCACUAUGAAGGGUGUGCGAGCAUUCGAGGCGUUCGUCGGUCUUCUCGUUCUGGCAGUCGUGGUUUGUUUCAUCAUCGAGCUUGUCAAGAUCCCCGCAGUCAACCCUCGAGAAGUCCUCAAAGGGUACCUCCCUUCCGGUACGGUGUUCAAGGAUGGUCUGUACGCAUCGAUUGGUAUCUUGGGCGCUACGGUCAUGCCGCAUAGCUUGUUCCUCGGGAGUGGACUGGUGCAGAGUCGGUUGAGAGACUACGACGUAAGGAUGGGAAACUAUGAAAUGCCGGAAGAGAUCAGGAGGCAUAUCAGCGAAGAGGAUAUCGGUCCGAAACCGAAGUACCUCCCGUUUCCCAGGAUUAUCUGGAAGCUUUGGAGGAAGUGGAUACUGAGUAGGGAGCCAGCGCCGACGGCAGAGCAGUUGGCGAAUGAUUUACCACAGUACAAGCCGACAUAUGACGCCAUCAACCACACCCUCCUGAUCUCGGUCGUGGAGAUCGGCGUGUCGCUCUUCACCUUUGCUUUGUUCGUCAACAGCGCCAUCCUUAUCGUCGCAGGUGCGACCCUUUCCGAAACGCCGCAAGCUAAGGACGCGGAUCUUUUCUCGAUUCACCAGUUGCUCAGUGAGCAGUUAGCACCAGCAGCAGGUACUCUCUUCGCAUUAGCAUUGUUGUGCAGUGGACAGAGCGCAGGAGUAGUCGCUACGAUGGCAGGUCAAAUGGUAUCCGAAGGAUUCUUGCGAUGGAAGAUUAUACCGUGGUUGAGACGUCUCAUCACGCGUGCAAUUGCGAUCACACCUGUCGUCGUUAUCGCCGCUGCCGUGGGAAGGAAGGGAUUGGGAGAGUUGCUCAAUGCGUCGCAGGUGGUGUUGUCGGUGUUGUUGCCGUUUGUCUCGUUCCCGUUGAUUUGGUUUACGAGUCAGAAGAAGUAUAUGCGGGUUCCGGUUCUGGCGAGACCUGUCCCGGCUCGGGCUAAUUCCGGCGAUGUGGUUGUCGACACAAGUAAACGCCCUGAAGUCGGUGCAGCAGUAAAGGACAACGACGAAUCCACCAUGAGCAUCGAUGUUCUCAGCCCAGGCACCGGACCCUCCCACAGACGCACCGGCACCGUCACCACCAUCAGCGACAACUGCUCCCCCGGGACUGAGAUCGAGAUUGAGUACAUCGACAUGUCCAACGGAUGGACACUCACAAUUGUUUCAUGGGCCAUUUGGGGCAUCAUUUCGGGUUUGAACGUUUAUUUGAUUGUUUUGCUGGGACUUGGAAACGCUUAGGACCUGGUUUGAUUAAUAAGUUGCAGGUAGACAGGAAGGACGUUAUACCAUUGGUUUGGCUGUUUGGACUGGGCUUGGAAGCAUAUCGGGCGU